GGACGGGUAUUCCUCUUAGACUUCGGUCUGUCGAAGGCCUACCGGUCGACCAGAAAUCACAAACAUAUCCCCUAUAAGGACGGAAAGCCGUUGACGGGAACCGCUAGAUAUGCGUCCCUUAACUCGCAUUUGGGUAUGGAACAGUCCCGUCGGGACGACAUGGAGUCGUUGGGCUAUUUGUUGAUGUAUCUGAACCGGGGAUGCCUUCCCUGGCAGGGACUCCGAGCGGCCAAUAAUCGCCAAAAGUAUGAGAAGAUAAUGGAGAAGAAGUUGUCGAUUCCGAUGAAGACGUUGUGCGAGGGAUGCCCUCUAGAGUUCACCAAAUACUUGGAGUACUGUCGGGGUCUCCGGUUUGACGAGAACCCCGACUACCGAUACCUGAGACACACGUUUCAACAACUGUUCCGCAAUUGCGGCUAUACUUACGAUAAUGUCUUUGACUGGACUCUGUUGGAGAAGGGCGUCAAGUCUGGUGUGCAGACCAGCGCCGGCACCUCAUCUAAAAAUGUCAGUCAAUUGCUCGUAAAUCGGCGUAAA